GCUCCAUUUCAGAGCCCCCUCCUUGAAUCCUGGUGGAGUUCCCAGUCUCCUCUGCAUCCCUGGUUCUGAGCACAGCUAUACCCCUUACCUGUCAGGAUGUUUGUCCACUGGGAAGUUUGCUUCUACGUUUUCAUUCUUAUGACUCACAUGAGGUUCUACUGCUGCUGGUCAGUGAAUAAUUUCCUGAUGACCGGACCCAAGGCGUACCUGAUUUACUCCAGCAGCGUUGCAGCAGGAGCUCAGAGUGGCAUCGAUGAAUGCAAAUAUCAGUUUGCAUGGGACCGCUGGAACUGCCCCGAGAGAGGUCUGCAGCUGUCCACACACAGCAGCCUGCGCAGCGCAAAUCGAGAAACUGCAUUCGUCCAUGCCAUCAGCUCUGCUGGAGUGAUGUACACCUUAACCAGGAACUGCAGCCUUGGAGACUUUGACAACUGCGGCUGUGAUGACACCAGAAAUGGACAACGAGGUGGUCAUGGCUGGCUCUGGGGAGGCUGCAGUGAUAACGUUGGAUUUGGUGAAGCCAUCUCUAAGCAGUUUGUGGAUGCCUUGGAGACUGGACAAGAUGCUCGGGCGGCCAUGAACCUUCACAAUAAUGAAGCUGGGCGGAAGGCUGUGAAGGGGACCAUGCAGAAGACCUGUAAGUGCCACGGUGUUUCUGGGAGCUGCACCACUCAAACCUGCUGGUUGCAGCUGCCAGAGUUCAGGGAGGUUGGGAACUACUUGAAGGAGAAGUACCACAAGGCCUUGAAGGUGGAUCUCCUCAGAGGAGCUGGGAAUAGCGCAGCCAGCCGUGGGGCCAUUGCAGAGACCUUUAACUCCAUUUCCCGCAAGGAGCUGGUUCACAUCGAAGACUCGCCUGACUACUGCCUGGAGAAUCGUACACUGGGCCUGCCUGGCAUGGAGGGCCGCGAAUGCUUGAAGAAAGGCAAGAACCUAAACAAGUGGGAGAAGCGGAGCUGCAGGAGGCUGUGUGGAGAGUGUGGGCUGGCUGUGGAGGAGCGCAAAGCCGAGAUGGUGUCAAGCUGCAACUGCAAGUUCCACUGGUGCUGCGCGGUGAAGUGUGAGCAGUGCAGAAAGACUGUGACCAAGUACUUCUGUGUGAAGAAGGGAGGUAAGAGGGGAAGGUAUGAAAGCGCCACCAUUCGCCGAAAAAACCUCAGGCUGAGGAAGAAGCACUGAGCAUCUCCGUCAUUCCUCCACAUGCAUCCAUCUCUUCUAGUCUCUGCAGCUCCAUCAAACAUCUGGACUCUGCAGAUGACUUCUUCCAGAAUCAAAAGUGUCACGCUUCUUUUUUAUGUUAAAACCUUUUUUCCAAAAAUGAGCAGAGUCUCAUGAUAAAUCAGACAACUUUGUAGAUUUGUUUUAGCCUAAAUGUAUUUAAAAGAUAUAUUUUUAUAUUUUUUCAACAUUUUGUAAAGUAACAUGGCAUUGAAAAGGUUCUCAUUAACUUCACAUUAUUUAUUCUCAUACUUUUACAAAGAAAAAUAUAUAGAUAAUUUGGUGCAACGGUUGUUCUGAAAUCCUCACAAACAUUCGAUCAGCUCUGAAAUAUAUUUUUUAAAACAAAUAUGCCAAUAUUUUUUUUUCUUUAUCUUGCCCCAUCACUUAGCUCACCCUGACCUUACUUUCUUGAUGUAUUUAAUUGUAAAUAAAAAUGAAGCACUUUGUACUGUAUAUUGUUAAUUUAUUGCACAGCA